UUGAGAGAUGCCCUAGUCAGUUUUGUUAUCAAGAUAUUCUAUGGGCUCACAGCUAAUUAAAAUCGGAAUUAUGCAUUUAGGAUAACACAAGGAUCAAAACACGCAUCAGGAUGGAUAAAGAUAUCCUAAGAUAUCACGAACUUCGGAUAAAAUGAUGCUUCUUUUGGACAAUGAAAGUCAAGAUUUUCUGAUAUUUUGAUGAGAGAUUGUCAAAAUGGUGGAUUUACACUCGGAUCAAACUCUCUUUUGCUGCGUUUUGGCUCUGUUGUUGGUUUUACAGGAUGUAUUGGUCGACGCUGGUACACCCCUAACAGAGUACAUCCGGCACUUUGAGCCAGUCUAUUACGACCACACCCACCUUGAGAAGCAACACCACAUCGUGAAGCGCUCAGCAGAUAAAGAGAUGAAACUAGACAUCAAUGCUCUUGGAAGGAAUUUUAAAAUCCGUUUACGACGAGAUCCUGGGGUAUAUACAACUGAUCUCGUCGUGGAGACAAGUGAUGGACCGAUGUAUUACGAUAUGCAUAGGGCUUAUAUAGGAUACCUCCAAGAUGACCCUGACAGUUUCAUCCAUGGUACCUUGACCUCUGAAGGUCACUUUGAGGGCAAGGUCAUCACCCCUGAUGACCAGUACGUCAUUGAGCGUUCCAUGCGCUACUUCAAUACGCCGAAGGACUUCCACUCCAUAAUAUUCAAACACUCGGAUGUCACAUUCAAUCAAAGUGCCAUCAAAUGCCAAUCAGAUCAACUACAUCAAAAAGUUUACAAUUCGCAAAAAGGAGACUUUUGGACUCGGAGCAAUAAGACAGAGCGUGAACAACACCGUGGCAGAUAUGAAGCCGGUGAGAAUGGAGACAGAAAUCAUAAACAGGUUGCUACAAAUAAUACACCGAGUGCAGAAGUUUACAAAACUCGAGAACGAAACUCAUUCAAGAUUUCAGAUUAUGAUAUAUUCAGAAAUCUGACCAAGUUGACUCAUCUCAGGGAAAAUAUUUCAUUGGAUGUAAAUGGUCAUGUGACCAAUUCGCGGCAGCAUAAAAAUACACAAAGUAUACGUCAUCUUUUUAGGCUAAGUUUACAAAAAUCUUCGGACGGUCAUCAGCGUUUUGAGCGGAGUGCAGAUCGUUAUUUGCAUCGGAGUAAACGUCACGAGAUUGACCCGACGAAAACGACGUGUUUGUUAUACAUGCAGGCCGAUCACUUGUUUUAUAAGAAACAAGGAUAUAAUGUGGAGGCCGUCAUUGAGCAGCUUACACAACAUGUGCAGGGAGUUAACGCCAUCUAUAGAAUCAUAGAUUUUGAUCAAGACGAAGUGGAGGAUAACAUCAACUUCAUCAUCAAGCGUAUUAAAGUACACACGAACCCUUACAUCCCAGGAUAUAAAUACAAUGGACGAUACGGUGUUGAGAAGUACCUGGAGUUAUUUUCUGAGGAUAAUUAUAACGACUUUUGCCUGGCCUAUAUGUUCACAUAUCGUGAUUUUGAUGGUGGGACAUUGGGGUUGGCGUGGACGGGUGAUCUACAGAAUGCAGGAGGAGUUUGUGAACAGAAUGGGUUCUUCCGAGGCAGUAUGAAAAGUCUCAACUCAGGGAUCGUUACCACGCUCAACUACGGCAAAGAUGUGCCGUCGACCGUCUCGCACGUCACCCUAGCUCACGAGAUUGGCCACAACAUGGGCUCGCAACAUGACCCGGAGACAAAGGACUGCGCCCCUGGUGGAGAGAUAGGCAACUAUAUCAUGUUUGCAAGAGCCACGUCGGGGGAUAAGCCCAAUAACAAUAAGUUUUCGCAGUGUAGCAAGGACAGUAUGAGUAUGGUCAUCGCUGCUAAAGCAAGGAGCAGUGCAGGCUGCUUCAUAAUCUACACCGGCGCCAUCUGUGGUAAUGAGAUCGUUGAGCCUGGCGAGCAGUGUGACUGUGGUUGGGAGGGUGAUUGCCGUGAGAACUGUUGCUACCCACAGAAGUCUAACCCACAUCCUGCUGAGCCACCAUGUACCCUUAAACCUGGUGCUGUAUGCAGCCCAAGUGAAGGUCCGUGUUGUACAGGCAAAUGCCGCCUGGUGGGCAGAUCUCACUACCGAGUGUGCCGCGAGGAAACCACCUGCACCAAGCCAUCAUAUUGUGAUGGCUUUGCUGCCCCAUGUCCAGAAGCAGCUCACAAACCGAAUCGGACGCAGUGUGAUGAUGACUCAGUCUGUUACCAAGGGGAGUGUACAGGCUCCAUCUGCCUUGUUUAUGGCCUUGAAUCAUGCCAGUGUGCACCAAAGAAAGUUGGUGACUGGAAGGACCAAGUCUUAUGUCAUCUGUGUUGUCGUGAGCCUGGAGAGGGCAAGCCAUGCAAAACAUCAAAACAAUGGAACCGCGCACCGUACAAUGUUCCAGACAUUAUGGCCAAGCCGGGAAUGCCUUGCAACAACUACAUGGGCUACUGCGAUGUCUAUUCCAAAUGCAGGGAGGUUGACCCGUCAGGACCACUGAGUAUUCUGCGCCGCUAUCUCUUCUCAGAGAAAGGGCGUGAGAAUAUGAAGGAAUGGGUGAUGAGGCAUUGGUAUGUUGUUGGUGGCAUAGGAUUAGCUCUACUCAUCUUCUUAGCGUUAUUUGUCAAGCUGUGCAGUAAGCGGCUACCACGGAGAAAGCGGGCAGAGAAGUGGGUGAAUCCUCAUGGGGAAGAAGUGACUGAAGGGCAGGCUGUAUAUCCAGGACUAUCAAAAUCAGGAUCUUCACCAAAACCACUCACAGCUGCAUAUGGGUAUCCUGGGCCCCAGAAGUAUGGUGCUGUUUCUGUCAUGGGGGCAAGGUUUCCACCACAAGGGUUGUCACCAUAUGGGCCGGACGUCAUACCGGAGCAGGCGGUAGUGACCCAUUUGGUGGCAACACCUGGUAGGACACCAUUUAUGACAUCAUCGCCUUAUGUGGAGCAUACAAAACACUUCGUGACGACACGUAAUCCAGGUUGUCAGACCUUGCAGCACGUACACAGUUCAUGCUGUACUUCAAGUGCCAACUCUACACCUCAAAUCAUUCAUAAUCAAAACUUUGUUGUGCAUACUAACCCGUUGUCAGGGGCAUCUGCAGCUGAAUACAUGACAUCAGCCGAAACAGGGAUUCCUCAACAGUGUGUGAUGACAUCAUCAGAGUAUGUGGUGGCAUCUACACAAGGAGUGAUGAUGUCACCAGAUUGUUGUAUGACAUCAUCAGACUGUGCUAGAACAUCACAAUGUGCUAAUCUUUCUACACGUGAGCCUACAAUGGCGUUGCCGCAAAAUUUGGUGACAUCACCUCAGUGUGCUAUGACAUCAUCACAGUGCCCUAUGACAUCAUCACAAUGCGCUAUGACACCGUCACAGUGUGCUAUGACAUCAUCAAACUGUGUGCAGAAUCCAUACUACGUUCAAUCAUCACCAAGCGUCGUGCGGAUCCCGCAACAAAUCGUGCACCAAACACCGCCGUCAUCCAACUCAUCUCCGGCAGGCAGGAACAGGAGGCGUCACAAUCAACCAAAGAUAAAAGGUCAAGGCAAGAAAGGCUGGGUAUAGGGUCAAGGUCAAGCUUACACAAUCGUCAUUCGCAUUUUCAAUGAAGCCUUUCUGGAUUUGAAAUGAUUGUGAAUAUCUUUGAUGCCAAUUAACCUCGUCACAAGGUUAUUUUUUCCUGAGCUGAAGUUAUGUUGACAUUCAAGGUCACACCGGUUCUGGUUCCGGUCACACUGAGGUUAUAAAUAGAAGUAAGCAACUCCGUUGCUAGGAAGUUUUAGAUAUUUUGUAAAAUGUUUGUUGUGUAAGAUUUUAUCAUAAUAAUGUGGUCUAACCUUGUCGCCAGGUUUUUUAAUCAUACUGGGGAUGAGGUUCAGCAGGUGCUCCUCGAGCUGAGAGAAAUUGACCCGCAAUUUGAGAUUAUGAGAGAGAUGAAUCCUCAUCCCAGGGACUUGAAUCGUACUGGGGUGAGGUUUCUUUUACACCAAUGUUUUAUCGCUGUUAAUCGGUUGCUAUUUUAUCAUGUUUUCUACACUAAAAGAGAUAAUCGCCCCUGAUUCAGGUAACCUAGGUAACAAUAUAAUCAACUGUGGUAACCUCUGGCGAUUAGUUGUAUUUUUGUUCACCUGUAAAUCAGCUGUUAUGAACAAUUCCCAUUUUUUGUAGUCCUUGACAUAAAGGUUGUUGUCGUUUUGCAAGGAGCUGAAAAUGGGUCGUAGUGUAAGUGGAAAUGGAUAUUGGGCAUCUAUUUUUGUUGCACACUAGAAAUAGUCUACAUAGCUCUGUCGGUCGACCUCGUUUCUUGACGUGGAGGCCGGAGCUUGUUUCUGACGUGGAGGCCGGAGCUUGUUUCUGACGUGGAGGCCGGAGCUUGUUUCUGACGUGGAGGCCGGAGCUUGUUUCUGACGUGGAGGCCGGAGCUUGUUUCUGACGUGGAGGCCGGAGCUUGUUUCUGACGUGGAGGCCGGAGCUUGUUUCUGACGUGGAGGCCGGAGCUUGUUUCUGACGUGGAGGCCGGAGCUUGUUUCUGACGUGGAGGCCGGAGCUUGUUUCUGACGUGGAGGCCGGAGCUUGUUUCUGACGUGGAGGCCGGAGCUUGUUUCUGACGUGGAGGCCGGAGCUUGUUUCUGACGUGGAGGCCGGAGCUUGUUUCUGACGUGGAGGCCGGAGCUUGUUUCUGACGUGGAGGCCGGAGCUUGUUUCUGACGUGGAGGCCGGAGCUUGUUUCUGACGUGGAGGCCGGAGCUUGUUUCUGACGUGGAGGCCGGAGCUUGUUUCUGACGUGGAGGCCGGAGCUUGUUUCUGACGUGGAGGCUGGAGCUGCUACUUGUGGGGUCCACGAUGUUGUCUUAUCAUUGCUCAAAUGUGACUGGAGUGCAUAAUACGUUGUAACCAUGGUAACAUCCCAUUCUAUGGAGAUUACUGGAAAACGCUUCAUUUUCAUACCUCAUCAUUUUUGUGAUUUGAAAAAGAUCUAAAAAAAAUAAAUUAUCACAUUUUUUAUUUUGGCGAAUUACAAAAUUUCUCUUUGUUUUUCAAAUAAAAUUUGAGAUUAGACUAUGCCUGAAAUUCACAAAAAUGAACGCUUGCGAAUUGAACAUACAGUUUAUGAUAAUUUCUUUGUGUUUUGAUGACAUAGAGUCGAUGCAGGUGAUGUCAUUGAGGAAAAGGACGCCAUUUUGAAGGUCAAGUUUGUGUGGCUCUGUCAAGCAUGACGUUGUCUCUCAUUGUCGUUGACGACAGCAGGACUAACGGAUGGACGUCCACCUCAUCUCAUUCCCCGACCUCUUUGUCUAUACUCUCAUAUGAGGCCUACUUACAGUUACCAUGGAAACUUCUUCCUACUUCCAUGGAAACACAUCUAUUGUUUACAUCGCAACACAUCCAUUGUUUCCAUGGCAACACAUCCAUUGUUUCCAUGGCAACCUAUCCUUUGUUUCCAUGACAACCUAUCCAUUGUUUCCAUGGCACAUCCAAACAGUUUAGACUCGUGAUAAUGUCAGUAUUAUGUACACACAUUAACCAAGGAUGUGCAGAAUGUGCCGCCUAGAGACUUUGUUGCAAUGAUUGCUUGUCUUUUUCUGCUUUUCUACCCAUUUCAUGUUAAGCGAGUAACAUCAACAUUCAUGCACCCUCAAGCAAUUUCUCAUUACAGGGGCAUGUUUUGUCUGCAGCAAGUAGAGAUUACUAAUGUUAUAGGUCGGCUGUCAUUGGUUUCAAAAGCUGAUUAAAUCUGACCCCCUGUGGGAUGUCCGUGUCUCUUUAAAAUGUAAGAAGAUUGAGCCUAUUUCACUUUUAGAGCCAUGAAAUAUCAACUGUCACCCCUACAUUUCAACAGUGAGAUCAACCAUCAGACAUUUUACUUUUUUAGGGUUGGUCCAUUGUCAUUGUAUGGGGUGGGUCAGGUUGAUUUACUGGGGAAGUGUAAGCAGAAUGUGGUGCAACACCGUUCUUGAAAUUUUUUUAAUGUAAUGUUAAUUUAUGUGAUUAUUUAGACAAAUGCUGCCACCUUUUGGCAGCAGUGGUUAGUCAAUCAUUGGCCAAUCUGAUUGGUGAUGUUUUGGUAAUUUAGAACUUAAGAACUUGUAUUCAGUUUUUAUGUUGGUUUCCAAUGCUUCAAAUAUGGUCAGAGAUGUUCGCAGCAGACAGGUAAUUUUUGUCACUGGGCCUGUGAUAAUGAUCGCAUAGGACAUCUCCAAUGCUUGCGACAGAGACACUGCCGUUGCCCAAUACUGUAAUCCUAGUCACCCAACAACAACAAUCAUCCCUAAACACUUGUAGCCCAGUUGUUUAGAAUAACCAGGUAGUCCGUGUCAAUCUCUCUCUCCGUAUUGAAAGUGGCAAGAACCAACAUGUUUUGUUUUAUGUCCGUACUGCCACCUAUAUUGUAAUUUAUAACUAGAACUUUUGGUUAUUGUUUUUAUUAUAAUCAUGCCACCAUAUACAUGUACUUAUCUGUAAACGUCCUAGGACAGUCAGAAGCUUGUGUAACUUAAUCUGGCUAUAGUCUCUGCACUUUGAAUAAAGGUAUUGAGUCGAGAGCUGACAUCAACUCGGACAUUCAUACCUCUGUAUUGAGUCGAGAGCUGACAUCAACUUGGACAUUCAUACCUCUGUAUUGAGUCGGGAGCUGACAUCAACUCUGACAUUCAUACCUCUGUAUUGGGUGAUUGUAAUGUCAAGUAGGAGGAAACUGGAGAGCCGGAGGGAACCUAAGCUGUUGAAGAGAGUUGCCCUCUCCGUCACAUGAGUAUGCCGGGACGAGGAGAGAAUCGAACCUGGACCUCAAAGGUGAUAGGCCCAGAUGUUCCCAUUGUCACACUUCAACAACUUAUGGAAUAAAAAUGUACACAUUGUACAUUUGAGUGUCUGCAGCAUGUUGGCCUGCACAGAUGUCUGUUCCUGUAGUUUAGAUUAAGUUUCUAAAGAUUUGGUCAACAGCAGUUUGCAGGAGUGCAUUGUUGUACAUUGAAGAAUCAAAGAGAGACGACUGUUUUGUAGGACAUCAGUUCUUUUUUAACAGAGAUAGGUGGCAUGAGUGAUGUAAAUUUGUAAGAAAUCAUGUUUUCGACGGUCAGAUGUAAUAAACAAAAUGUAUAAACGUUUUGA